AAAUAAAGCACAAGAUAAUGUGUUAUGUUCACCACACAGCCAAACAUGUGGGUAGCAGCUGCUGUGUGGGUGGUGUGGCUGGUGGUGGCCGUGGUGAGUGGUCAGGAGAGGGAACACAGCCACUUCAUGGUCCAGCCUCAACAGGGUGAGAGCCUUGGUGUGGCAGAGAGUGAGCCCGGCUUGGACACCAGCACAACACGCACAGUUCGCAUCCUCACCUACCGGCCUGACCAGCUUCCAGGUGAACAACAACAAUGGGACCAAAGCAAAGCCACUCCAGGUCAUGAAGACCAUGACAAUCUUCCCACUGGUUCAGCCACCAGCAGAAGAGGUGGAGGUGGUGAUGGCAGCAGCAGCAGGCAUGGAAGUCGUCGGCAUGGAAGGAGACAGCAGAGUGGCAGGGGGCUCAGACAAGGUGGAGGUGGUGGUGGUGGUGGUGGUGGUGGUGGUGGUGGUGAAAGACAAAGUGGUAGAGGAAGAAGAUUUCAACAGCAAGGGAGUGGUGGUGGUGGUGGUGGUGGUAGCAGCAGCAGCAGCAGCAGCAGCAGCAAUAACAGCAGCUUCACUAGCGACAGUGACAGCAGCACAAGUGAAGACACAAGCACCACCAGCACAACCCCCUUGGAGGUGGACACUUCCCAGCAGCACACCAACGCCAUCAUCCUGAUGCUACAGCGCCUCAGUGAGAGACUAUCCAGCAUUGAGGUGCUGCAGCGGCAACAGACAGAAAGGACUGGCACCAUCAACUACAGACUGACAAAACUGGAGCUUCAGGCUGAGGAGCGCAAGAGUUUCAACAACGACCUGAGCAGCGCCGUGCGUCACCGCAUGGAGCGCACCGAUGCGGAGCUGGACCAGGUGAACACCCAGCUGGAGGGAAUCAAGAGCAGCAUCAUGAACCUGGGCCAGCAGUAUGUGGACAUCAAGACUACUCUCAGAGAGAUUCCCAUACAACAAGACAACAGAGGCAGUGAGGUGAACGGCCUCAAGAUGCAGGCCAUGAUGGGAACACUCCAGAGUUUGAGGACGGUAACAAAUGACAUCAUGGAGAACAUUGAUCAAUUGAGUAACAACUUGACAUCCCUCAACAAGAUUGCAAGUAACCUGACAAAUUUAAGUGAGAAGAUGGUGACCAAGCAAUAUCUGCUGGAAAACCUGAGUGAGCUGAAGAGCCAAGACUCAGCCAUGUCUCUGCUGGCCAGAGUAAUGGUACAGCACCCGGCCUCCGCCAACAGGCGAGCCUCACGCAAAGGAGAGCCAGAGGAUUGCUGGCAGCUCCUGAGAAAAGGAAGGAAACAGUCUGGAGUGUACAGCAUCCAGCCCCGCAACUCCCCAACUCCCUUCUUUGUGUAUUGUGACAUGGAGACUGAUGGCGGUGGCUGGACAGUGAUCCAGCGGCGGGAGGACGGCUCAGUGGACUUCCUAAGGGAAUGGGCUGACUACAAACACGGCUUUGGCAACAUUGCUGGGGAGUACUGGCUGGGGAAUGAGAAGAUCCACCUCCUCACCAACCUGCAGGUGUCAAUGCUGCGAGUGGACAUGGCAGACUACGACCAGCAGGUGGGACAUGCCCUCUACUCAGCCUUUGCCAUUGGGUCUGAGCAGGAGGGCUACUCACUCAAGAUGCUCGGCAAAUAUAGCGGGGACGCAGGUGACUCACUUCGCUACCACGUUGGGCGGCGCUUCAGCACAAUAGACAUGGACAACGAUGCAUGGCCUGAGAGGAGCUGUGCCAGGGACCACAUGGGGGCCUGGUGGUACCGAGCGUGUGAGACCAGCAACCUGAAUGGGCGGUACCUGCACGGCCCAAUCCCGCCAGAGCACCAGUACACUGGUCUCUACUGGUAUGACUUCCGGGGGCCCCAGUACUCACUCUGGCGGUCACGCAUGAUGAUUCGUCGCGGAGGAAAAGUGGAUCACCCCGUCUUCAAGAAUUUCACCUUGAUUCAGAGCCAGACUGACUCACCAAGAGAGGAGGAAGAAGCCAUCACACCCAAAACCUUCGACCCCAACCGAGACCCUUACGUGACCUUCGACUAUCAAGACGACUAAGGAAGGUGAUGCAACACCCUCCACGAAGAACUGCCAGGACGGGCCUCUCUAAGUACUACUUGUUAAGCUGUAGCUGUAGUGAAGCUUUGCUAGAACAUUUAAGGAAUUAUCCUCCAUAACUCUGAUAUUAAAGAUUGUAAAGUUGUGUAUGUGCAGCUCUGAUGGCACAACAGAGAUGGAUAUAAUUGCUACUUUUUGUGACAUUAACACAGAAGUUAUAUGGCAUUAUGAGGUACAGCUUUAUGAAGUGUGCUGUUGGUCAAAACUCUACCAUACACAUUUACAGUGUAUGUAUGGAACAACUGUAUCAAUCACAAUGCACCACGUCCCAUGUCAGAGUGGACAGUGUGGGAUACAGUAAUGCUUAACCAUAUGUACUCAACAGACAGGCUACCAAUGGCUGAUACUGUACUGAUACUGUCCAUGAGAAAAUAGCUUGUAUUCCAUAUAAAUCAAAUUCUUCAAUCUGAUGAGUUAUGCAAGCUGCCACAUAAUAGGAGAAAUGUACUGGUGUGUGUAUAGUGUAAAGUGGAAGUUGUCUGUAUUUCUUUUUUUUUUUAUGUAGGAGGGACACUGGCCAAGGGCAACAAAAUCCAAUAAAUAAAUGCUUAGAUUUCUCACACUAACUCAUCUCUGUGCCAAUCUUUCCAUUACUGCUGCAAGAAAAUUAAGCAGUAAGAUGGAAACACACACACACACACACACACACACACACACACACACACACACACACACACACACACACACACACACACACACACACACACACACGCGCGCGCGAGUACUCACCAAUCUUGAAGCCUCGUUGCCAUGAGAAGUUGACGGUACGUGGCUUGAAGUGGAUCUUGUCCCGGUGAAUGUUAGACACCUGGCCAAUCACCCUCUCGUCCCUCAGCCGCUCAUCCAGUUUGGUGUCCAUUGUGAAGAUCUUCCUCCGCACCCUCUGAAUGGGCUUCUCUGGGGGGGGGGGAAAUAAAAAUUGAAUAGAAGAGGGUGGAUACACAUGACUACUGAAGACAGACAUGCAUGUGAAAAAUAGGGAUAAAGAACUGAAUAGUGAGUGUGAAGGAUGCAAGUGACUACUGAGGGCAGGUAUGCAGGUGAGGAAUGGAAGUGAUUGGUAAGUAUUGACACACCAACUGUCAUAACUUCCUAGAUCUCUGAAUAACUAGAGAGUACAGACCUCUAUCUGAAGAGAACUAUUAUGCACAAAAAGCUGGGGGAGGAUGUCUGAUUGUUGUGAAUCAUUAUAAAACAGCAGAGUUCAUGUGAAAAGGAAUAAUUUUGUAUUUUCAUAUAAUCAAUAAAGGAGAAUGAAAAA